AUGCCUCCAGACAUGAUCCUGUACGGCAGUGUCUCAAACGACUUGAGUCGAACUCAAUCAACAGGCUCAUCUGAAAUGGACCAGCUGCGGCCUAAUAAAGCGGGGAUGACGGAUGAAUUUGGCGAUGAUCUUGGUGACGAAGACAUCCAGGUUGGUGCUGUUAGUGAGAGCUCUAGGCAUCCUGGUGAUCUCGUCGAAUUGAAACAAACUGGCUCGCGAGUGCCCCUCUUUGCAAUCUACCUAGGGUAUUUUGGAGAGAGGAACCAUUUCUAUGCUGUCAAUGGCAGGUGGCUCACUAGCAUGGGAUAUUCUCCGCUAUUCACGGUGGCCAAGUUUGCUACCCAGGAAGAGCUGGCACCUGUCAUGGCCAAGUUGCCACAAAAGGCAUCAAUUGAACAGUUUGAAGAACUACGUCGCAACGAACAGGGCCCUUUAAGAGACGAUGGCUCUCGGCUGAUCCAAAAAAUGAUGGAUUUCAGGCUCAAAGCAGAAGCUGUUCAGAAAAAGAACCUCGGAAAGCUGGAUGCAGUCAGGACGUUUUUGUCCACUCAGCAGCAAGCCAGGUAUCUUAGCCUUUUUGAGAUUGCCGACAUACUACUGCCUGCCUCCCUCAAAGUGUGCGGCCAAUUCCCCUCUUUUGCACUAUAUGCUGUUCAUGCAGCUUUAUAUCAAAAUGAGAUUGGCUUUCGGCCACUCAGCCCAUCUAGUGACUGCCAUCGUCGCGAUCAUUUAUUCGAGAUUUUCCCUCAGAGUCAUACGCAAAUCAUCAAUAAAGUUGUUACUCUGGUCCGUGACUACACAGAAACUAAUAUGAAACGCCUGAGAGCACCAAAGCCAAGUGAACUUGAGGAAACCAUCCUCGGGAAAUUCAUUCUCCAGGCACGAGAAGUAGUCUUGGAGAGCCGUUCAAAGCGGCAAUGGACGCCCCAUGGGACCCUUUCUCCUGGAGACAGUAUGCAGCUGCCACAGCCGGAGUGGUCUCAGUCAAGUAAGGAUAUCAUUGCCUUCUUGGAAUGGUGGGCGAGCUAUGACCUUUUCGAACCUGGAUCGAAAUUUCACGGCCACGGCGCCCUGAUUCUUCGUGCCCUUGAACUCUACGAUGAUACCGUUCUCGAUCAGAGCACGGCAUGGACGUUUUUGCAAGAAAUUGGAAUCAUUCCUCCAUGGGAGAUCCCGUCACGCUACAAAGUCCGUUUCCCAAACGUUACAAUAGCUAGAGGUGGUGGCUUAGAGCGGGAUGUUCCCAAAGAUCUCGAGGAAUCUAGGCGACCGGAUAUUGCAGCGGGCUUUAGGCGAGAACACGGGCAAUCUACCAUAUUUUGUAUCGACGCAGCGUCGACUAUGGUUAUUGAUGAUGGUAUCUCACUAGAACGCACGGAUAACCCCGACGAAUUCUGGCUUCACGUUCACGCAGCCGAUCCUGCUUCGAGUAUUAAGCCGAAUUCUGAUCUGUGCAAAUACAUGGAGUUGAUUCCGGAGAAUAUAUAUCUGCCUGGGCACUUUCAAGCCAUGCUACCUUCUAACCUGGGUGAAGAAGAUGACGCCAAAGACUAUGCAUCCGAUGGUCUCGUUGGUCAAUUUUCUCUCAAAUCAGGCGGCCCAGCAUUAACUUUUAGUGCAAGAGUCAACAGAGCUGGCGAAUUGCUAGACUUCAAGGUUGAGCCUAGUACCUUGGGAAAAGUCGUCUACUUGGAUCCUGAGGACGUCUCCAAAUUUUGCAAUGAGCCAGCACCGCCGCCAGUUCCCAGCCAUAGUCUUGUUGUCGGAAAACCAGGAGGAAAUGGAGAACCACAAUUAAAUCGCCCAAUGAUUACAGCCCGGGAUUUGGACUCAUCCGGCAAAGAAGAUUUAUUAUUAUUAUAUCAACUCGCCGAAGCUAUCAAAAGUAAGCGCCUCGAAAAAGGAGCGUGGCCAUACUUUUUCCCCCGUCCAUCCGUCUCAGUGUCUCUCCAAGACACUUCUGAUGAAGGGGACGGAUCAAAAUUCCUGCCGCCUGAUCCAUACAUUAAGGCCGCCUACGAGACAUCCACGGGGUGUUCUGUCGUUUCUAAUACCAUGGUUCUAGCUGGUGAAAUUGCGGCACGAUGGUGUUCAUCUCGCAGCAUCCCGAUCCCCUACCGAAGAAACGUCAAAUUCAGAUAUGGUAUUAAUAAAGCAUUCGACUACGCUACAAAGGAGAUUUACCCUCUCAUCAGAAAGGGCAUUGAGCCAAGUGGCAGCCAGCGACAAGAAUUAACUCGACUUACGGGUGGAAUCGAGAUAUCGAGUCAGCCAGGCUCAUAUUUCCUCCUUGGAUUGGACAUGUAUGCCAAAGCCACAUCGCCGCUACGUCGUUUCUCUGAUUUGCUUGUCCACUGGCAAAUUCAUGCAGCUUUACAGCACGAACGAACUACUCAGCGAACCAUUAGCCCGGAGACCGAUAAUUUGGAUGACAUUCUUCCCUUUUCCUCUACUCAGCUUGCGACUACCCUACCGUUGCUGGAGGUCCGCGAGAAGAUGGCGCGCACAGUCUCUCGCGGCAUCCUCGAGUGGAUCCUCAUUGCCCUUGUCCGUGCAUGGCGCUUCGAGAAGACGGCACCUCGCAGGCUCCGAUUUACUGUUAGUUCGCGCUGGCGGCAGGGCUGCAUCGGCAGAGUGGAUUUCUUCGGUCUAAAUGCUAUAAUGGAUAUCGAGGGCUUGAAUCAUAAGGCCCUCGUCAAGGACGUCCGGGUUGGAGAUCAAUUCGAAGUUGAGCUUGCAGAUGUGAACGUUCAUUCGCGGCGCAUCCUCGUCAAAGCCCUCAAGUAUCUCGGCCGUGAACCCAAUGAUGGCAUAUAG